AUGGAGAACCCCGUGGCCGAGAUCCCGACGGUGAUCCGUCUUCUGACCCAGUCACCACCAUCGCUCCAAGAAAAGGCCCUAGCGCGGUUCUUUACACGAAAUGCAGCAUUUGUGCAUCCAUUCUGUCGAGUGCCCAGUUUUGACGGGAGUCGCUGGUGGAUCGCAAAAAUCUUCCAGUGGUACAAGAUCAUGUCACCCCGGAUCGAGCUCGAGAUCCAUUCUAUCGCAUUUGAUGAGGAGCACCACAAGCUAUAUGUUCACAUGUCCCAGAUUUUCUCCAUCUGGGUGGUCCCGUUCCAUGUUGCGACGGUGACCCUCACCACGGUCCUGGAUCUUACCACCGAUCCUACCCAGAGCGAUGCCUCCGUCAAUGGCGACCACAGGCUGUAUUACAUCACCAAGCAGGAAGAUUUGUAUCAGACCUCGGAGUUUGUCAAGUUUGUCGUGCCGCAUGUCGGACACGGGUUGGUUGUGGCUUGGCAUCUGAUUGCCACUCUAUUCUGUCUCCUGGGAGUCACUUGUCUAUGGCCGUUGCUGUGGCUAGAGGAGCAGGGAUAUCUCCCAGGUCAGAUCGCACCAGGCGGUAAUUUGGCUUACAAUCUCGAGAGGAAAAUCCCAGAGAUCCAGGGAGGAUAA